AUGACCAGUUGCCGGUUGCCGUUCACAACGUUGACGAGACAUAUGCCAAAGUCCAUGAUUGCAUUGAUCAAUGGAAUACGACUGGAUCUGCGAGAAAGCGGAGCAUUGGAGAGGUUCCAAGAGCAAAAUCGCCUGCUCAUGGAGAGACUGACAUCCCUGGAGCGAGAUGCAUUGAACAAUCGAUUUCCAUAUGCGUUACAGGUUGGCCACUACGACGCCAGCAGGGACGCUACAAAUGCGUCUUACAAUGCGUUUUCUGGGCUGUCGACGCCGAUCUAUGUGGAGCGUGGAGAAUACUCUUCGAAUCUUGGCUUGGAAGACAAUGGAUGGUUGCAGACCAAUACCAUGCGUAGUGCAUCCCUCAACUCGGACCACCGAUCGGCCACGGUGGACGCCCCUUUCAUAAACCUCAUCAGGAUACUUGCUUCUGCCAUCGAAAUCAACAAUUUUGGCGAACAGACAUUCCGCGUCAAGAAGCGAAUAGCUCUAGCACACUUCUACAAUACAUACAUACUUGCCCAAGACGAUCCGUGCACGUUUUUGUCGUGGUGCAAAGACGCUGGCGAGCCACCAAGCCUGAUACCGCGGGGCACUCUGAAGUCCCUAGUCUUGAUCAAGUCCGCGGGUCUUCUGCUUUAUCCAACUACUGCGGACGCCAACGCAUCUCCAGCAUAUUCAUCGAACGAGUCGUUGAAAGCACGCCAAGGGAAGAUCAAAGGCUGGAGGAAGAAUGGGAAGCAGUGGGACAGACUCAUCGCAAGAUUUGACUACGGCAUCUUGCUCCUAGUGCCUGGGUCGUUGACGGAUGAGGACUUACGGAUUGCCCAUGACGAUGAUAUGUCUUACAUCAUGCAAGAGAUGGGGAAGCAUCUUCACGAAGAUCAGGGAAACUUGAAGCUCGCGAACUUUCUUGUUCGCACACAUCUCCUAUCCCCAGACUUAGACCUUCCAUUGGGUCCUUUCAUGUCUACGCAGAUGAAUCCAAGGACGGAUUCAACCAAAUUAAAGCAUUGA